AUGUCACGCCCACCUUGUCAUGGGAAGAGCAACGACGGGGCGGGAAGAGCAACGGCGGCCGCCCUUCCCCUUCAUAGACAGGUGGUGCUGGCGCUGGAUGCCCCUGGAGCUCAGAUCUCCCCCUACUCCACAAGCAACCCGCUGCGGAGGAGCAAUGACGACGUUGCGCAAGUAGCGGCGGCGACGGCCGAUUCCAUCAGUGAACCGGAAAUUGAGGAGCAUGAACAGAAGGUAAACAGAUACCAAGCUGAACUUGCAGCCCGCAUUAAGGCCAAAUACUUCUCUAAUAAGGCUUCAGACGGAGGAAAAAUCUUUGAAGAAGAAACUAUUGUUGAAGGCGAAACCAUCCAUUCAAGCAGGUGGCCAUGCACAAGUUCGUAUGCGAACCCGGUAAAUUUUCUCCGAGAGAAGAACAACCAUGAGAGGAGGGAUUCUCCAUCUUCAGCAGCAGAUUCCUCUGCCAAGAACGAUUCUCCAUCUGUGGUAGCUGAAGCCUCGCCAAAGAAUAAUGCAGGUGUUCCGGCAACAGAAAACAAUCUAACACCUGCCAAGAGACAGGCAUCCAAGGAGACCUGA